AUGUCAGCUCCUGGAAACCUCCCAAAGGACGAUCCAAGAGCGGACUCAGAAGAGGCUGCCAAAACAUGCGACUGGCAAAAUGUAAAUAGCAGAGGUUACUCGAUACUAGAGAAGCCGCACGGGCUCCCCCAGCGCAAGCGCGUCAUUGUGAUCGGCGCCGGAGCCACUGGUAUAUGCUUUGCAAAGUUCUCCGAGGCGUUGGCGAACCUCGACCUGCAGAUAUACGAAAAAAACGACGAGGUCUCUGGCACAUGGUGGGAGAAUAGGUAUCCUGGCUGCGCCUGCGAUAUCCCGUCUCACAUUUAUCAAUUCACAUGGGCCAUGAAUCCCAACUGGUCCCACUAUUACUCUGACGCUCGCGAGAUUUUCGAAUAUUUCAAAGGUGUUGUGAACGCGCAUGGGCUUCGCAAAUAUAUUAAGGUGCAGCAUCAGGUCGUGCGUGCAAGCUGGAACUCCCAGACCACUAAAUGGGAAGUCCAGGUCCUGGGACCGGACGGAAGAACCUUCGAAGACGAAUGUGACUUCCUUGUCAACGCGUGCGGCCUCUUGAACAACUGGAAGUGGCCGGAUAUCCAAGGUCUUCACAGUUUCAAAGGCAAGCUUCUCCACUCAGCAGCUUGGGAUGAGUCCACUGUCCUUGACGGAAAACGAGUGGCUGUGUUGGGAGCAGGCUCAUCUGGUAUCCAGAUCGUUGCCAACAUUCAACCGCUCGUCAAGCAGCUGUACACUUGGAUCCGGUCUCCGAUCUGGAUCAGCUCUGGAUUUGCCUCCAAAUUCGCGGGUCCGAACGGGAAAAAUUUCGAGUAUAGUGAGGACAUCAAGAAGGAAUUCGCAGAGAAUCCGAUCAAGCAACUCCGCUAUGUCAAAAUGCUAGACGCAGAGCUUGGCCAACGGUUUUACUUUAACUUCAUCAAUACCAAGGACGCCCAGAUGGCCAAGGAGUUCUCUCGCAAGCAGAUGGAGGACAAGUUAAAAGCUCGUCCAGAUCUCAUAGAGAAGAUCAUUCCCACCGCAUAUGGGCCGGGAUGCCGAAGACCGACACCAGGAAAUGGAUAUCUUGAAGCCUUGAUGGAGCCCAAUGUGACAGUUUAUACAAAAGACAUCCAGCAAAUAACGCCGUGGGGAUUUAUCGACAGUGACGGCGGCGAACACGAAAUCGAUAUAAUUAUCUGUGCAACGGGUUUCGACACAUCCUACGUCCCACGAUUCCCGGUCCUUGCGAACGGCAAAGACCUCCGGCAAGAGUGGGCUGACGAUCCUGUGUCAUACCUUUCUGUCAUGAUACCUGAUUUUCCUAACUACUUUCUCUCUAUUGGGCCUUACAGUGCCACAAAUGGUUCGCUAUUGCCGCCCAUUGAACACGGAUGCAAAUACAUGCUCAAGAUCAUCGAGAAGUGUCAGAUGGAACACAUCCGCUCGAUUGCACCCAAGGCCGACGCCACGGCCGAGUUCCGGGAGCACGCAGACUUAUUCCUGAAGAGAACGGUGUGGAAUCAAAAAUGUCGAAGCUGGUAUAAGGGCGGGACGAUCGAUGGGCUCCCACGUCUAUACCCUGCGUCAAGAGCACAUUUUGUUGAGACCAUGCAGCCGCGGUAUGAAGACUUUGAGAUUAAGUACGGAAGCUGCAACCGGUUCCACUUCUGGGGCAAUGGAUUCACGGUCCGCGAGCUUGACGGGCGUGAUCCGACAUGGUACCUCGGGAUUGUGGAUGGCAAGGACAAACAGCCAGAUUAUACUGAGGACGAAAGGACUCUUUUUUUCUCUUCUAAGCAAUAG